AUGGAGGAGGAGGCGCUGAAUCACGAGUGCAUCAGCCCGCGGAAGGCCCCGGCGCCGGCCCCCGAGGUCGUCGGCGGCGACCUCACGCGGUCCGAGAUCGAGGCGCUCUACGCCGCGACGACGUCCGCCGCCGGCGCCCUCGCGCCGGCCGUCGACGCGGCCCUGGUUGCCGCCUUCGGGGCGCGCGUCGCCCUGCUGCCGCACCAGCGGUCCGCGCUCGCCUGGAUGCUCGCCCGCGAGCGCGACGCGUCCGGCGGCGUGCUCGCCGACGAGCCGGGCCUGGGCAAGACGCUGACGUGCCUCGCGCUCGUCGCGACGGACUGGGCCGCCAAGGGCCGCAAGCGCGCGCGCGCGCGGCCGACCCUGGUCGUCGCGCCGACGGCGGGCGUGCGGGCGCAGUGGGCCGCCGAGGCGAACCGGUUCUACGGUUCGGCGGUUGUCGUGGAUUGCUACGACGGCGCGCCGAGCGACCCCGCGGAGGCGUCGGCCGUCGCCGACCGCCUCGCGCGGGCCCAGCUCGUCGUCUGCGACCUGACGGCCCUGCGCAAGGAGCGCCACUUCCGGUCCGCGGAGCGGGCCGGGCGCGGCCGGAGCCGCGGCGGCGAGUUGCGCGCGCCGCUCUUCCACGUCGACUGGCGGCGCGUCGUCGUCGACGAGGUCCAGGACGUCGAGGGCCGUUCCGCGGGCGCCGACGUCGCGCGCGAGCUGCCCGCGGAGCGGCGCUGGGGCGUGUCGGGCACGCCCGUGGGCAAGGGGGGGCUCGACGCGCUCUUCGGGCUUUUUUCCUUCCUCGGCGCGGAGCCGUACCGCGACGCCGACUGGUGGGCCGCCCACGUGCGGAGGCCGCUCAAGGGCGGCACGCGGACCGAGCGCGACGCGGCGCUCGCGACGGCGGGGGCGGCGAUGGCGGAGCUGGUCUGGCGGUCGCGGAAGGCGGUCGCGUCCGCGCCGCUCCUGCCCGCGUCGUCGGCGUUCCGGCUGAAGCAGCAGCACUUCCUCCCCGCGGCCGUCGUCGAGCCCGGCGCCGCCGAGGUCGCGGCGACGCGGCCGGGCGUCGCGGACCUCCUCGCGGGCGCCGUCGCCGCCGCGGCCGACGCGGGCUACGAAAAGUGCGAGUCGGAGCUGAGCUCCAAGGACGCGCGCGCGCUCCUCUCCGGCGCGGCGUCGAAGAAGAAGCGCCGCAAGGGCGCCCAGUCCUUCCAGGGCCUCUGCCGCGCGGCGACGGCCGUGGCUCUGUGCGAGACCGCGGGCGCGCGCGGCGACGACGCGCCGCCGGCGUCGGACGAGGUCUCGGACUGGAUCCGCUGCGACGCGUGCGACAAGUGGCGCAAGGUGCCGCCGGGGAUGCUCGGCGAGGCCGAGGCGGCGGCGACGUGGACCUGCGCGGCGGGGUCGCGAUCCUGGCGCCGGCCCUACUGCUGCGACGACCGGGAGGAGCCGCAGGCCGCGGCGCCGGCGAUGACCGCCGCGGAGGCGGCCCUCGCCGCGCGCGGCUCGUUGGCCGUCGUGCUCCACCGCGUCGCCGCGCGGGGCGUCGCGGACGCGCAGGCCGCGUCCGCGGCGCUCGGCCACCUCGCGCUCGCGGCCGCGCUGCGGUUCCAGCGCGGCGGCGUCCACACCGUGUUCACGACCGCGGGUUCGUACGCGGGCGACGAGGCCGGCGGCUCGCCCUUCGCGUCCGAGGCCGUCGCGUUCCUCCUGGACGCGCAGUCCAUCUGUCGGGACGGCGCGUCGGCCGACGAAGUGCUGGCGAACUCGCGGCGCGGCGGAAGCCACGCGGCGGCCGUCGCGGGCCGGAAACUGUCCGGCGUGCCGCCGUCGGUGCUGACGGUGGUCCUCGAGAGAUUAGAAGUCGAGCAGCGCCAGCGGGUGCGGCGGCUACGAAGCGACCCGAACGACGACCUGGCGGGCGGCGGCGGCGGUUUGGACAAGAAACUCCACUUUGCGACGAUGCGCGCGCUCGUCUACGGCCGGUCGCGGCGCCGCGUCGCGACGGCCAUGGCGCGGCACCGGCGCCUGGGCGCGGCGAGCCCGGCGCGGCGCUGCCCGAACCAGGCCUGGCCCCAGAUCUGGGCCUUUGUCGACGGGGGCGCGGGCGACUACGUCGCGGAGAUGCUCGAAAGAGUAGCAACGGCCGCGCGGAAGCAGGCCUUCCGCGCGACGGCCGGCGCCGACGCGCGGAAUUUGGAGGCGCGCCGGGACAACGUGGAUCACGGCGCUUUCGAAGCUCGGGCGCUGGACCUGGGCGUCGACGGCGUCUUCGGACAUCCCGAUGCGGACGCGCCGCGGUGCCUCCGGGGUUUGGUCGUCGCGUGCCUCCACUGGGCGCCGCCGGCGGGCGGGCCGAGCUCGCGCGAGUACGAGGAGGCCUACGUCGAGUGGUGCGCCGACGGCGCGGGCCACCUCGGGGCCCUCGGGCGCAUGGAGACGGCGACGGCCGCGAUGGCCGCGCCGGGCCCGUUCUGGGCGUCGCGCCGCGCGGGGGACCUGGACCCGAAGGACCUCGCGCCGGCGGCGGUCUUCGCGCGGCGCGUGCGCGUCGCCAAGGCCGUGCGCGCCGUCGUCGAGAGUCUGGGGGACCACCGGCAGAUGCGCGACAGCGGCGCGCACGAGGAGGCGCUCCGGGCGGACGCGACGCGGUGGUGCCGCGACCGGGGGCGGCCGGAGCCCGGCGCGGCGCUGGCCGCGGCGGACGCCGCGCGGUCCCUGGCGGCGCGCGUCGCCGCCAUGCUGCCGACGGCGUCGGAGAAGCGCGUCGCGGCGUUGGAGGGCGCGCGCGCCGUCGCCGUCGCGGCGCGCGACGGCCGCCUCGACGCCGUCGACGCGGCCGCGGCGCUGGUGCCCGCGCGCGUCGCCGCGGCGCGCAGCGACCUGUCGCCGUCGACGCCGCCGGCGGCCCUCGAGGACCACGCGCGCUGCGGCAUGUGCCGCCAGGGCGCGUGGCGCCACUUCGCGAACGCGCGGCGCGCGAAUCUCGCGUGGCCGCGGACGCCGUGUCUGCUGUGCGCGGCGCGCAAGGCGACGAAGCUGUUCCGGGCCUACCUUGUGUCUAUGGCUUUUGCGGACGCGGACAGCGCGCUCGUGCGUCUGGUCAAGGCCGCCGCGGACGACGGCGCGCCCCGGGGCCGCGGGCCGCCGCCGUCGUCGCUUGCGGCGGCCGCCGUCGCCGCGCUCGAGGCGUUCCGUCUCGACGCCAACGCCGCGGCGUCCGUGAGCCUCGGCGGCGACGGCGUCGCGGCCGCGGCGGCGAAUCUGCGGCGCCAGACCUUCGACGAGCGGUUCCGCGUCGCCGACGAGGAGUCGCUCUGCGACCCGUCCGCGGGCGCGGCGUUCUUCGGCGUCCCCGGCGCGCGGUCGGCGACGCGGGCGGCGCUGCUCGACGCGACGGCGGGCGCCCGCGCGCGGCCGUCGCGACGGGCGGGCGAGGAGGACCCCGUGGCCUUCCGCCGGCUCCGGCGGAUUCUGCGGGUCCGCGCGACCGCGGGCGGCGCGCUGCCGGCGCGCUUCGCGGCCGCGGCGGCGCUGGGCGACGGCGCCAUCUUCGGCGCGCGCGUGGCCCACGCGGAGGCGACGCGCGCCGCGACGCUCGCGUCCGCGAUUUUGGCCGCGCGCGGCGACGGGCCCGCUUCCGAGGCCGCGGCGUGCGCGCGCUGCGGCGCGGCGGCGGCCGCGCGGCGCGCGCGCGCGAGCCCCGCGGUCUUCGGCUGCGGCCACGCGCUCUGCGGCGCGUGCGUCGCGACGGACCGGGCGCUGCCCGACGCGGCGCGGCCGCGGGUCUGCCCCGCGUGCCGCGAGGACCACGCGCUUCCGCUCUGCCGCCAGCCUCUGGCGGACGCGCGCCACGACCGGUCCCGCGUCGACUUCGGCGCAAAGCUCGACGAGCUCGCCGACGACGUCGAGGCCCACGUGACGCGCAAGGGGCUCAAGUGCCUCGUCUUCUCCUCCUGGACCGACGCGCUGGACUUGGUCGCCGUGGCUUUGAAGCAGCGCGGCGUCGCGUCCCUCGCGCUCAAGGGGGGCAAGCAGGCGCCGAAGAUCCUCGAGGCGUUCAAGGCGGACCCGCACGUGUCGGCGCUGCUCAUGAACAUCUCGACGAACAACGCGGGGCUGAACCUGUCGGAGGCGACGCACGUCUUCCUCCUCGACACGAACCUGGACCACGCGCGCGAGACCCAGGCGCUCGCGCGCGUCCAGCGCCUCGACUCCAAGUCGGAGACGACGGUGCACCGCUACGUCACGGGGGGGAGCAUCGAGGACGCCAUCUGGCAGCUGCGCCUGUCCAAGGCGACGGCCGCGGGCGAGCUCAGGACGCGCGUCACCAAGGCCGACGUCUACGACCUCUUCAAGUCCCAGCUCGCCGCGGCGCGGGGGGCGGAGUAG